CGAGCGGGCUGAGGCGGAAGCGCCGCUCUCCCGCCAUUGUUGCCUCCCUUCGGGUUCUGCCGCUCCAACCGGGAGCAGCACCGGGAGCGGGGAGCGGGAGCGAGCCCGGCCCCGCCAUGGAGGCGAACGCGGCGAAGCGGAAGGAGCCGCGCAAGGCGCUGCGGGUUAAAGUCAUCUCCAUGGGGAACGCCGAAGUGGGCAAGAGCUGCAUCAUCAAGCGGUACUGCGAGAAAAGGUUCGUGUCCAAGUACCUGGCGACCAUCGGGAUCGACUACGGGGUCACCAAGGUGCAGAUCCGGGAUCGGGAGAUCAAGGUGAACAUCUUCGACAUGGCCGGACACCCCUUCUUCUACGAGGUGCGGAACGAGUUCUACAAGGACACGCAGGGCGUGCUGCUGGUGUACGACGUGGGGUCCAAGGAAUCCUUCGACUCCCUGGAUUCCUGGCUGGCCGAGAUGAAGCAGGAGCUGGGGCCCCACGGGAACAUGGAGAACGUCGUCUUCGUCGUCUGCGCCAACAAGGUGGGAGCAGCGGGAUUCCCGGGAUUCCCUGGGGAAUUCCCUGGGGUUUGGUGUUCAUUCCGCGGGUUCCUCUACUGGGAAACCUCAGCCCAGAGCGGGGAGGGCAUCCAGGAGAUGUUCCAGAAUUUCUACUCGGCCAUCGUGGAUCUGUGCGAGAACGGCGGGAAGCGGCCGCCGGGCGGGGCCGGGGCCGGGUUCACGCGGGAGCAGGCGGACGCAAUCCGCCGGAUCCGCGCCAGCAAGGACAGCUGGGACACGCUGGGCGUCAAACCCGGAGCCUCCAGGUGCGGGGCAAUCCCGGGAUUCCGGCGGGAACGACGGGGCCCCCGCGGGAAAGGGCGGGAUUGACACGGGAAAGGGCGGGAUUGACACGGGAAAAGGCGGGAUUGUCACGGGAAAGGGCGGGAUUGACACGGGAAAGGGCGGGAUUGACACGGGAAAAGGCGGGAUUGUCACGGGAAAGGGCGGGAUUGACACGGGAAAGGGCGGGAUUGACACGGGAAAAGGCGGGAUUGUCACGGGAAAGGGCGGGAUUGACACGGGAAAGGGCGGGAUUGACACGGGAAAAGGCGGGAUUGUCACGGGAAAGGGCGGGAUUGACACGGGAAAGGGCGGGAUUGACACGGGAAAAGGCGGGAUUGUCACGGGAAAGGGCGGGAUUGACACGGGAAAGGGCGGGAUUGACACGGGAAAAGGCGGGAUUGUCACGGGAAAGGGCGGGAUUGACACGGGAAAGGGCGGGAUUGACACGGGAAAGGGCGGGACUGACACGGGAAAAGGCGGGAUUCCCAAGGGGAAAGGCGGGAUUGCCACAGGAAAAGGCAGGGUUGCCAUGGGAAAGGGCGGGAUUGACACAGGAAAGGGCGGGAUUGACACGGGAAAAGGUGGGAUUCCCAAGGGGAAAGGUGGAAUUUCAAUAGGAAAGAUGGAAUUCCCAAGGGAAACAUGAAAUUUCAAUGGUAAAGAUGGAAUUCCCAUGGGAAAAGGCGGAAUUCCCAUGGGGAAAGGAGGGAUUCCCAAGGGAAAAGGUGGAAUUCCAAUGGGAAAGCUGGAAUUCCAUGGGAAAAGACGGAAUUGCCACGGGAAAAGGCGAAAUUCCCAAGGGAAACGUGGAAUUUCAGUGGUAAAGAUGGAAUUCUCAUGGAAAAGGCGGAAUUGUCACAGGAAAAGGCGGAAUUCCAUGGGAAAAGGUGGAAUUCCAUGGGAAAAGGCGGAAUUCCCAUGGCAAAACAUGGAAUUCCCACUGGAAAAAGUGGAAUUCCUGGAAGUCCCAGGGGGAAAAGGUGGAAUUCCUAUGGGAAAAGCUGGAAUUCCCAUGGGAAAAAGUGGAAUUUCAAUAGGAAAGGUGGAAUUCCCAUGGGAAAAGAUGAAAUUUCAGCGGGAAAGAUGGAAUUCUCAUGGAAAAAGGCAGAAUUGCCACAGGAAAAGGUGAAAUUCCCACAGGAAACAUGAAAUUUCAGUGGUAAAGAUGGAAUUCUGUGGGAAAAGGUGGAAUUUCAACAGGAAAGAUGGAAUUCCCAUGGGAAAAGGCAGAAUUGCCAUGGGAAAAGGCGGAAUUCCAAUGGGAAAAUGUGGAAUUCCCACUGGAAAAAGUGGAAUUCCUGGAAGUCCCAGGGGGAAAAGGUGGAAUUCCCACGUGAAAAGGUAGAGUUUCAAUGGGGAAGAUGGAAUUCCCACGGGAAAAGAUGAAACUUGAGUGGGAAAGAUGGAAUUCCCAUGGGAAAAGGCGGAUUUCCCAAGGGAAAAGGAGGGAUUCCUGGAAGUCCUGGGGGAAAAAGGCGGAAUUCCUGUGGAAAAACUGGGAGUUCUUGGAGGAGUUUCCACAGGAAAAGGUGGAAUUCCCAUGGGAAAAGGUGGAAUUUCAAUAGGAAAGGUGGAAUUCCCAUGGGAAAAGAUGAAAUUUCAGCGGGAAAGAUGGAAUUCUCAUGGAAAAAGGCAGAAUUGCCACAGGAAAAGGUGAAAUUCCCACAGGAAACAUGAAAUUUCAGUGGUAAAGAUGGAAUUCUGUGGGAAAAGGUGGAAUUUCAACAGGAAAGAUGGAAUUCCCAUGGGAAAAGGCAGAAUUGCCAUGGGAAAAGGCGGAAUUCCAAUGGGAAAAUGUGGAAUUCCCACUGGAAAAAGUGGAAUUCCUGGAAAUCCCAGGGGGAAAAGGUGGAAUUCCCACGUGAAAAGGUAGAGUUUCAAUGGGGAAGAUGGAAUUCCCACGGGAAAAGAUGAAACUUGAGUGGGAAAGAUGGAAUUCCCAUGGGAAAAGGCGGAUUUCCCAAGGGAAAAGGAGGGAUUCCUGGAAGUCCUGGGGGAAAAAGGCGGAAUUCCUGUGGAAAAACUGGGAGUUCUUGGAGGAGUUUCCACAGGAAAAGGUGGAAUUCCCACGGGAAAAGGUGGAAUUUCAGUGGGAAAGAUGGAAUUCCCAUGGGAAAAGGUGGAGUUCCCAAUUUUCCUCAUUUUCCCAGUUUUGUCAUUUCCCCCAGUUUUCUGGAUUUUCCCAAUUUCCCCAAUCCCCCCAAUUCCCCCGAUUUCCCCAAUUUCUCCAAUGCCCCAAUUUCCCCAAUUUUCCUGAGUUCCUCAAUCUUCCAAAUUUUCUGAAUUUUUUCAAUUUCCCCA